AUGAGCAAUCCUCCAAAAGAAGGAACAAGCGAAUGGGAUCAAUGGUGCUCACAGGGUAACAACGCUGACAAUAAUGUUACCACCCGUCCAACCUCUGCUAACCCUCUUCCGACUGGCUCGCCCUCGAAAACACAAAAUCCCACGGAAGGAAUAUCUUCAUCUUCGGUUAUACCUUCUACCGUUACGUCUGCAGCCCUCGCAAGUAAUACCGUCAGCGCGAAUUUGUCUUCAAACCAGACAAGCAGUACUAUUUCGGCUACCUUUGAUGCAGGCAACGUUGACAGCCAGGCUGCAUCGAAUCCGGCCGCUAAAGCUAUGAAAUUUUGGAUUCCUCUAAUCGGGGUAAUCGUUUUAGUCCUAAUAGUUUUCACAAUAGCUUCAUGUUUGGGCUAUCAGUUUGUCCGACGACGUAAGCUCAAGAGACAAAUCAAACUUGCCACAUUGGGAUCUCUGGAAAAAGGAUCGACCGACGAUGAGCUGUUGAAUCAUUGCUCAUCGGCGGGUGAAGUUGUCUCUUCUCAAACUGAUUCGUCACCCAGAUCCUCUUCGGACAACAUUGAGAAUCCGUUAAGCGUGGAUAAUGUCUUUUCAGGGAAAAUAACUGUUGAUGCGCUGACCUCAACAAUGUAUUACAACGGCCAAGUCGUUCCGCCGAUUGGGACGAGGAUAAUACCGCCUGAAGACCAGAUUAGGCUUGACAUUAAUGAGACGCAACCGGAAGAAGUCAGAUAUAAUUCGAGGAGUUUGGUUUUCCCCGAGACAUAA